AGCCGUUGUAGGGCACAGAUGCAACAACAGCAAAUAUAUUUGCAACCAGAUAUCCAAGAGUAUAAGCCCAAAGGGGUUCGCUUCCCCAGAGGAGAAAUAGACUUGCACAUUGGCACACAACCCCAAUGGCAAUGAAUGGAAUGCGGCGACCGAAAUAGGAUCCAAAUCGGUCAUUAAGAGCCCCAAUCAGCAGAGAAGUAAUCCCAAACACCACUCCAGAUGUCAGUGAAACAACAGCCAAACCAGUUCCUUUUUGAUCAUUCCCUACAAUGCUUACGAUCUGCAUAGGGAGAAGCACAACAGUCUGUAAGAUCCAAAACAUAUGGUAUCCGAACCAGAAUCCAGACAGUCUCACUAGCUGCAGUAGGCUCAGAGGAUGUAAAUCAUCGUUUUCUGGCAGUUUCUUGAUAAAACCCUCUGUGUUGGUAUCAAUGCUCGCUCCUCUAGAAUCCUCAUGAUCCAGCAUUUCAAUACCUGAAUAAAAACUAGUAGUACUGGCUUGAGGAGCAUCUGCUAUAGACGGAUGCCCUAUCUAAACAAAGCAAUAUACAAGGGUUGGUGAAUUGCAGCUUGGAUAAGGACUGCUGUGUUAGUAAUAUUCAGGAAUCGUGAUAUAAUACUUGCCAUGGCAUGCAUUUCAUGCUGAGCAAUUAUCUCUUUUUGCCUCUGCAUAAUAUUCGUCGAUUGAGGCUCUAAUACAAUCUGAUUUUUAAUAAGUUGGUUUACGAGAUGGCU